GUGGAUGCAGGUUGGAUUGGAUUUUGGUCCAUUGUAGGAGGCUGUGUUGUUGGCAUAGCACUAGCAAGGUUUGCUGAUUUUAUCAGAGGAAUGCUGAAACUUAUCCUACUUCUUUUACUGUCAGGAGCAACUCUGUCAUCCUUUUGGUAUACUUUGACAUGUUUAAAAACUGUCAUUCACCUUCCUUUAACUACAGCCACACUUUAUACUUCCUGCAUUUUGCUGGGUGUCUUCUUGAACAGCAGUGUCCCUAUCUUCUUUGAACUUUUUGUGGAAACAGUCUACCCUGUUCCUGAAGGGAUUACCUGCGGUGUGGUCACCUUCCUAAGCAACAUGUUCAUGGGAGUUCUUUUAUUUUUUUUUAGUUUCUACCACAAAGAAUUCUCUUGGUUUAACUGGUGCCUCCCAGGAUCCUGCUUACUAAGCCUUCUGCUCAUCUUAUGCUUCAGGGAAUCCUAUGACAGACUUUAUCUCGAUGUGAUUGUCUCUGUUUGAAAACAUAAAACAAGGAAGUUGAAGAGGAGGAUGGAAAAUAGUACUGGGUUUGACCUGUUUCUUUGGAAACCAUAUAGACUAAAGAUUACAGUACACAUUCAAAAAUUCACCUGGACUUUUUGAUUGAAUUUACAAACAAAAAGGUUUUUUUUAAUUCCUAUUAUGGCAUUUUAUCAUUUAGAUUAUUAUGAGGAGUCUUGUACUUGAAUGGAAUUAGAAUAUUUUUUAAAAAAUACAUAUUCAGAAGAAUGCGUGCUAGGAAGAAACAAGUUUAUGAACUGUGAUAUUUUAUUUAAUAAGCUGUCUAACUGCAAAAAUUUGUGCCAACUAAAACUACUUAUAACAAAAGUAAAAUAGCAAUAUCAUCUCAUUUAGGAAUUAAUGAUGGAAUCUUUAUGUCUAAAAGCUUCUUUCUUUCUCUCUUUUUCUUUUUUUACUGUCUGGUGUUUAAUGAGAAUUCUGAUAAUCCCAGAUUUGUCUUGUUUUGUAAUAACACGUUGUUCUUCAUUGUGGCAUAUUCAUAGUCGUGCUUCUGUGAUGACAAAGAUUUUCAACAUAGUUGUCAGGACUGAACAAAUUGUUGAUCUCUCACUGUGAAUCAUCUUCUGUUUAAAAUGGAAUAGGCAUAAAAUUACACUAGGAUUUAAAAAUAAUUAUGGUUAAAUACAAGAUCUAAAUCUAAAUAUACCAUUCUUUUACUUCCCACUCCAAACACAUAAACGCACACAUGCAGACUUCCUACUAAAGGGCUCUUGGCAAUUGGUGCUAUAAAUUAUCUGAAAUUAUUUAAAUAUAAUUGCCUUAUAGCCUAAUCCUGCUCCUACACAGACGUUAAGGUAAGUGGAUGUAGGAUUGCAGUCAUAGUAGCGGAAAUUGUUUCUGUUGUUAAGGAGUGAUUAUGUCUUGUAAAUAUGGGUUGUUACUGAACACUUUUACAUGCUUUCCUGAGAAAUUUCUUGGUUUGUGAGCUCUACACAAAGAAGGAAGGCCCUCUUCUCAAAGUCUUUGAAAGCCAAUGAAACAAAGAUGAUGUUUUUUCUAUUAUAGAUUAGGCUUCUCAUCAGAUUAGUUUACAACUUAAAGGCUCUGCUUUUGUUUUUUAAUAACUGUUUAAUUAUGAGACUUAUUGAUGGUCUCAGUGGCCAAAAAAAUUACAAAACAGAUCAAAAUGUCAGAAUGUCCAGCUUCUGAAGUUUAGCAUGAGCUGGAAAACUCAGUGCUUGCAGUACUGCUCGUGCACCCUGUAUAAAGAGGGACAAUUUUUGUCCGACUUUUUUUCAAAUGCUGUUUCAUCUUCUUUGAUUGGUUUUUCAAAGUCUCCUGUACAACAAAUCUGAAACAAGUCACACAUUGCUGAAGGCAGCUUUUAUCAGUGUGAUUUGAGAGAUUGUCUGCCUAUAUUUACUAAAUGAUGGCUAGUGAGGUUCUCUUUCAACAGAAAUAUCUCCUGUCACUGUGCUGUACUCCAGUUCCCCCCUCCCUUGUCUAGAAUGUCAUCGCCCAUAUGAAUGUUUUUGGAAAUGGAGUUUUCUCUGUAACCAGAGUAUUCAUGAGGGAGUAGAACCAUUGUCUAUUAAUACUACAGUUUCUUUAGGAAAUGAAAGUUGAACUACAGUAUAGAAUCAAUGCAAUUAUUAAGGUUUGGGUGGUGGGGUAUUGAAGCAUAACACAACUGUUAUGGCCAGUGGCUUUUUUGCUUCAGCAAAAACCUUGAUUUAGAUCUACUCCACCAUUUUGAGGAGUUUCAUUUAUCCUCCUUAUACAUUUGGGGAGGGGCAAAAUGUCAAGAUGGAGGCCACGACUACAAAUUGAGUUCCUGGCCUUUCGUAUAUUCAUUGUGACACAUAAAAAGGGAAGGGGCUUAAAUUGAGCUGCUGCAACUGCCAUCUUGAAUUUUUAAUCCCCCCACCCCUGGAUGGCCAUCAUUUGAUCAUUAUGAUUCAGAAAUAGCACUUUUUGGUUUGUCAUUUUUCCUAUAAGUAAGUGAACUAUUUCUUUAGAUUACUUUCAGGAACUUCAGUUGCGUUUUUGAUGUUGUUUUAUAGAAUGAGGCUACAGUACUUGAUGGGCUAGAAGGAAAGGGCUGUUGCAUGCAUUAAUAUUCCCUUGGCCUGGCUCUUGGUGACAUGGGCUACCCAUGGAAACUGUCAAGAGCCAUAUUAAAGCAUGGGCUGUGCUGAUUGGAUGAACUGAAUCUUGGCAGCUCAUGAAAGAUGAAAGGCAUCUUCACAACAAAAAAUAAGCCAUUAUUUAUCUUCAUUUAAAUAAUUUUGGCCUACUAUUUAAGUAGGAUGCUUAGUAGUUCUUAGUGUAUAUCCACCUGUUUGGGAAACAAGAAGAAUAAAAUCAGGCUGCCAACAAUGAAUAAAUGUUACCACUUAAGGACCUUUCAGACAAUUCCUGCUUCACUGUUGCGCAAUAAUAAGGGGCUGUCCAGAAUUUGCCUGAUAAAGCAAUGCCAAGUAUCCCCAGUUGGAUCAUGACUGGAGUAAAGUUGUAUACAUUGAAUGUACGAUAGAAGUAGCCCAUGUUUUCUUCCACAAAUAAUCUUUCUGUCAUUUGUUAUGUCUUAUUUUGCUUUGCUUUGUUCUGCUUCUGCUCAACUUGCUCCCUCGUAUCAGAUUAGAACUCCUGGAUUAAAUGUGUUAAAUGUUCUCUCAUCAGCAUUCUUUGCCAUUUCUGUCAGUGGGGCUUCAGGGAAAGACACUUUAGCACUACAGUAGGGGGUCUCUCUGCAGGAGGCCAGAGAAAUUUAAACAGAAAUAUUUCACAUUAUUAAGCAGUAGCUGGCAGUUUGUGAUAGCUUUAUGCCUGUGUUCCACAGUUUUUGACUAGCUUCCCUGUAAUGGUUACUGAAUAACCGUAGCUGUCUAUCCUGUCUAAUUUCAGCUUCAGAAUAGUAUAGAUGCUGAACAUCUGCAAGCGGAGCAACUUUAAGCACAAUUAUAAAUGAUUCUGUAAAAUUAGUUUUAAAAAACCUGCUUGUUAGACAAGUUAGCCCUGAAAUUUCCAGGACUGGCCCAUUAUUAACUCUUACCCCAAACUUAUAAUGUGCAUAGAUCAAUGACAAUAUGGAAAAUUGAGUAAAAUUACUCUAGCUUUUAUGCAUAUGUACUGCCUGCAUAAAUGUCAUGGUCCUGCAUAAUAGCUUUGUUAUUAAUAAGGCUGGAAACUUACUAACUCAGUAUAAUUUAUUUGUAAAUGAGCAUAAGAUUGUGCUGCAAGAUAAGUAAGAUUACAUUUGCAUUGGGUAGUGCCAUGGUACAUCAGUCUAGGACCAGGUUUGUCCAUAUAUAAUGAUUCCAUAUAUAACUAAUUAAGGAACCUGUAGCCUUUCAUGUAUUGUUGAAUUCCAUCUGCAUUAGUGAUGAUCAGGGUUAGUAGGAGUUCCACCCUUUAUACUGAACUAGUAUUAAAAUAAAUUAAUAAAGGAUAGGCAACUUUUUAAGAUGAAGGGGUCUUGUCAUUAAGAUUAUUUUGGUUUGUUGCAGAAGGCUCAUCAAAGGGCAACUUGGAUAUUUAAAGGAUGAGCUAAUCAUAGUGAAGAAUUUGAAAAAAAAAAACCCUUAUUGAUUUCAGUUCACAACUCAACAGUGUGAACUGUUUCACACUGUUUCACAGUGCAGUCUGUUUGCUGAGAGGUAAAUCCCAUUGAGCUUUACUAAUUCUUAAUUUAUUAUUGCAGCCUUAAUGAAAUUAGUGGGAUUUGAAAAAUGCAUAAUUUUUAUUGGAAUCUGUGCAAGCUUGCAAUGAGAAUUCCAUCAUAGAUACGUGUGAUUCCUAACUCUUCUUCUUUCUGUAAAAAGGUAUUAGGACCACAGAACAUUUUAUACUGACUUCCAUGUAAGCUACCCUUAUACAGAGAAAUCCUGGACUUUAAAAAAAAAAAAAAAAAA